CUAGUUUGUUGGGCUAUACUUUCUUCCUAUCUGUCUCCCAUUUUCCCCUCACGCCUCUGGCUCGCUGUUAAGAGACAGGAAAGACUGAAACCCAACUGUGUGCGUGGUUUUUGGUCGCUGCCAUCCUUCCCCCCCCUCCCCUUAUCCCUGGGUGAUGUUGGACAUGGGAGAGCGCAAAGACGUGAAGAUGAUUCCCAAAUCUUCGUUCAGCAUAAACAGUUUGGUGCCCGAGGCCGUGGAAAGAGACAACAUCCCGCACCAGAACCAGCACCAGCACCAGCACCAGAACCAGCACCAGAACCAGCACUGGUCCGGCGGAGAGGAGGACGCCGAGCAGAAAGCGCCUCUCCUGGCCUCGCAGCCGGAUUGUAAAGCUAAGAGCGAUUCCUCCAGCCAGGAGUCCAGCCCGGAGGAAAGCGAGAAGCAGGAGGAGAAGAAGGACGGGAAGGACGACAGAGACGGCUGCGCCGGAGAGAAGGACGUGGAGAAGAAAAGCGGCAAAUACGAGAAACCUCCGUUCAGCUACAACGCGCUGAUCAUGAUGGCCAUCCGGCAGAGCCCCGAGAAGAGGCUCACCCUGAACGGCAUCUACGAGUUCAUCAUGAAGAACUUCCCCUACUACCGGGAGAACAAGCAGGGCUGGCAGAACUCCAUCCGCCACAACCUCAGCCUCAAUAAGUGCUUCGUGAAGGUGCCGCGGCACUACGACGACCCCGGGAAGGGCAACUACUGGAUGCUUGACCCCAGCAGCGACGACGUGUUCAUCGGGGGGACCACGGGGAAGCUGCGGCGGAGGUCCACCACCUCCCGGGCCAAGCUGGCCUUCAAGCGCGGGGCCCGGCUGGCCUCGGGGCUCACCUUCAUGGACCGGGCCGGCUCCCUGUACUGGCCCAUGACCCCGUUCCUGUCCCUGCACCACCCGCGGGCCGGCGGCGCCCUGGGAUACAACGGGCCUUCCGGGGGAUACCCGAGCCACCCCAUGCCCUACAGCACCAUGCUCACGCAGAACCUCAGCAGCAACCACGCGUCGUUUCCGUCUUCCAACGGGCUGAGCGCCAUGGACCGGCUGGUCGGCGGAGACCUGCCCUACGCCACGCACCACCUGACGGCGGCGGCCCUGGCGGCCUCGGCGGUGCCCUGCGGACUCUCUGUGCCUUGCUCCGGGGCCACGUACUCCCUGAACCCGUGCUCGGUCAACCUGUUGGCCGCCGGACAAACGAGCUACUUUUUCCCCCACGUCCCCCACCCGUCCAUGAGCUCGCAGAGCGGCGCCGGCGGCGGCGGGGGCUCCGUGCAGGCGGCGCGGGCUUCGGCCUCCAGCUCCCCGCAGGCUCCGGCCGCCUCCUCGCUACAGUGUGACGCUCUGAGGCCGACUCUGUCCGGCUCUCUGUCCGGCUCUCUGUCCGGCUCUCUGUCCGGCUCUCUGCCGGGCUUCUCCUCGGGACUUUCCGGUGGUUUGUCUGAGUAUUUUACACAUCAAAACCAGGGAUCCACCUCCAAUCCGCUUAUACACUAACAUCCCCGAACCCCGAACCCAUCCAUCCAUCCAUCCAUCCAUCCAUCCAUCCAUCCAUCCAUCCAUCCAUCCAUCCAUCCAUCCAUCCAUCCAUCCAUCCAUCCAUCCAUCCA